CGUGUACCCAGCCCCGAUCGGCAACGUUCUAAGAAAAGCUGUUCUUUUGCCCACGCCAGAGAAAGUGAGCGAGCGAUGGCAACGGCUUGCCUUGCCUCCUGCCCCUGUUGCGACUGGAUCACGUCAUCUUAGGAUCACGACCCCUUCCUCCCGUUCCCUUCCCCCACCCGAAAACCCUAAUUUUUCAGCGGUUUCGGCCCAUUUCGUCGCCACUCUCGUUUAACCGAAGGCCCACUUCGCGCGCGACGUUGAUCGGUCGGUCUCUCUUUCGUUGGGUGAAAAAGGCGUUUUUUUUUGCUCCCAGGGUUAAGGGUUUGAAUCGGGUGGGGGUGGUCGUGGCUUUGGUGGGAUGGAGCCUCGCGUUGGGAACAAGUUUCGCCUUGGUCGCAAGAUCGGAAGCGGUUCGUUUGGCGAGAUCUAUUUAGGUACUAAUAUCCAAACCAAUGAGGAGGUCGCAAUUAAACUCGAGAAUGUCAAGACUAAGCAUCCUCAGCUGCUUUAUGAAUCAAAGCUGUAUAGGAUCCUGCAAGGAGGAAGUAAUGGAAAAUUUGCUUUGAUUCAUGCUUCAAGCAGUUUUCAAGUCUCUUCUCACUUUUUUUUUCCUAUUUCCUCAUCAGCUGGAAUUCCUAAUGUGAGAUGGUUUGGUGUUGAGGGUGAUUACAAUGUUCUUGUAAUGGAUUUACUAGGACCAAGUCUUGAAGACCUGUUCAACUUUUGCAGUCGUAAGCUGUCUUUGAAGACUGUUCUGAUGCUUGCAGAUCAAAUGUUAAAUCGAGUGGAAUUUGUGCAUUCAAAGUCCUUCCUCCACCGAGACAUUAAACCAGAUAAUUUUAUCAUGGGUCUUGGUAGACGGGCUAAUCAGGUAUAUAUAAUUGAUUUUGGCCUUGCCAAGAAGUACAGGGACACUUCAACUCAUCAGCAUAUUCCCUAUAGAGAGAACAAAAAUUUAACUGGGACUGCCCGUUAUGCAAGUGUGAAUACACAUCUUGGCAUAGAACAAAGCAGGAGGGAUGAUUUGGAAUCUCUGGGAUAUGUUCUAAUGUACUUCUUAAGAGGAAGCCUUCCCUGGCAAGGUCUAAAAGCAGGAACAAAGAAGCAGAAAUAUGAAAGAAUUAGUGAAAAAAAAGUGGCCACAUCAAUUGAGGCUUUAUGUCGGGGAUAUCCUACAGAGUUUGCAUCUUACUUCCAUUAUUGCCGUUCAUUGAGAUUUGAGGACAAACCUGAUUAUGCAUAUCUUAAGAGAUUGUAUCGGGAAUUAUUCAUUCGGGAAGGUUUUCAGUUUGAUUAUGUGUUUGAUUGGACUAUUUUAAAGUAUCAGCAAUCUCAGAUAGCUGGUGCUCCUCCACAUGCUAUUGGUCCAAAUGCAGGACCUAGCUCUGGCUUGGUUCCUGCUGUCGCCAAUGAUGGGCAGUCAGGUGGUGAGGAAGGACGGACAGGUGGUUGGUUGGCUACUGACCCUUCCCGUCAUGGACGAGCAUCUCUAGCUGUAAAUAUUGGCAACUUAUCCAAGCAGAAGGCCCCUAUGGCAAAUGAUCCAGCUGCCAGUAAAGAUGCUAUGGUUUCCGAUUCUACUUUUAUGGGAUGGUCAAGUGGAUCCUCAAGGCGACUUGCUGUUUCUGGUGGUCGAGACAUGGUGGGGACUGAUGCAGAUCAAUCUCGAACUCGCACUGCAGAGGCGAGUCCAGUGACUUACCACAAAGUUUCAAGCGGCCAGAGAAGUUCUCCAAUUGUUUCAUCUACAUCUGGAAGGAAACCGUCAGCAAUUAAGAACUACGAGUCUGCGCUGAAAGGCAUUGAAGGCCUUCAUUUUGAUAGCAAAGAGAAGAACUAGUUAUAGUCACUGCUACUUCUGCUGCAAUUUCGACUGGUGUGAUGUUCCUCUAGAGAUCAAAGUGAAGGAACACUUUGGUGUGAAUCUUAUAAUGAGGACACACUUAGUUGCUAUGAAACUUUGACUGCUGAUUUGAUGUGCCGCCCCUCCAAAAGAUUGAAGGAAUAGCAAGUGGUUCAAUCAUCAAAGGAAAUUAUGCGCAUUUGUUGAGGAAAUAUGCUGAAGUUGGAAUAAGAAUAGUUUCUUCUUGUUUUAUUAGUCAUAGAUGCUCUGCCAUUAUGUUUUCUUGACGUUUUUAUUUAUUUUUUGUUAUUAUUCUCAGAAUUUUACAUGUUUGAUUAUAUACUUGAACGUGCCACCUUUAAAGCUUGUCUUUUACCAGCAGAAUGCAUUGCAGAGAA